AUGUUGGGUGGAAGCAAGACUGAUGAAAAACUGAGAUCCGAGCUUCCCGUCAAAGUACCAGUGACCGGUUUCGCCUUCGGUAAACGUCUUCGAGUGGUUUUGAGACCAACCGACAAGAAGGACAAACAAUUUCACGUCAAUCUGAAGAACGGGGAAGACAUUAUUGUCCACUUCAAUCCUCGUCUCAAGGUAUACAGCAAUGGACACUUACUCCAUGACUUCCAAGAACGACAGUCCGGCUGGUCAAUCACGUCCAUCGACAUCGGCGGAGAUGUACACGUGCACUCCGUGCAAAUCGAAUAA